AUUGACAAUGUCACAAACUUCGGUGCCCACCUCCUUGACUCAACUACCGCUGAGCGACGGCGACCGUCCUCGCUACAGUGAGGUCCAGUUGCAGGAUUAUUUUAAGCGACUCGGACUUCCACAACAGUAUCUCGAUUCGCCUGUUCUAUCGGACCGAACCAAGGCUACCGCCACCGAGCAUGGGCUCCCAUUUCUGCAGGCCCUGGUCAGAUAUCACACCUGCACUGUGCCUUUCGAGAACCUUGAACUACAUUACUCCGCACACAAAACCAUUACCCUUGAUGUCGCGGACCUCUACACAAAGAUCGUCACCAAGCGACGUGGAGGACGAUGCAUGGAGAACAACACCUUUUUCGGGACAGUCCUCCGCUCGCUUGGCUACGAAGUGCGCAAUUGCGGCGGUCGCGUAUCACGCGCAAUGAGCCCCUACCCAGAGGUCCGCCGCAACCAGGCCAUGACCUACGAUGGCUGGAACCACAUGCUCAAUCUUGUCCGACUUGACAACGAAUGGUAUGUUGUGGACGUGGGCAUGGGAUCUAUGGGUCCUUGCUUGCCUUGUCCGUUGCGGGAUGGCUUUGAAACAACCAGCAUUGCUCCACGAAAGAUACGCCUACAAUCACGUGCCAUAGCAGAGUCGUAUGGAACACAUUCCAACAAGCUGUGGUGCUAUGAUGUUUGCUACAAUCCCGUGGACGAUGGAGAGAGCCAGUGGGUGCCGGUGUAUUGUUUCACUGAGACGGAGUUUCUGCCUCAGGACUAUGAGAUCAUGUCGUGGUAUACGUCCGCAAACAAACGCUCAUUCUUUACCAGAUAUGUAACAUCUACAAAAAUGAUCAUGGACGAGGAGCGCGAAGUUGUUGUUGGAAAUGUCACGUUAUUUGGCGGCGAGGUUAAGGAGACUAUCGGUACCGAUCGACGGGUUCUGAAGGACUGCAAGACAGAGGAUGAGCGUGUGGAAGCAUUGAAAGAGAUUUUCGGCGUGGAGUUAACCGAAGAGGAAAAGAACGGGAUUCCAGCAGAUCGCCGACUGGGAUGAUCUGAAUGCAUUUUCAGUAACGUAGGUAUCGAAGAAAGGACGAUGCUUCUUGAUUGAACCCUCAAUGUAAAUCGAUAUAUCCUUCG